GACACGCACCGUAAUUGGCGCAGUCCGAGUUACCUACCUGGCUGUUCAACCAGACUCGUGUUCCAAACAAAACUACUCAAUAGUAUUUAUAGUUUAAAGGUAUAACAUAUUUUGAAUAAAAGAACGAUAAAAACCCACAGUUCCGUAUUUGCUGCACGAUUCUGUGGACCAAGCUAUUGAUGAACGCCUCAUCAAUGAUUGAAAUAGCCAUUUUGAAGGUCGAGAAUCCCUCAUGUCUUUGGGGGCGGAUCGUGAAGGGUCCAGGGAUUCCCAUUGAGAGUCCGAAAGAAUACGGUGAAUUACAAGUGAACAUGAAUCUCUAUUAUCACGCGGUCAACCAAGACAUUCAGAAGAUCAAGCCCACCUCCCUAGCGGCAGGCCAGGUGUGCGUGGUGUAUUUCUCGGCCUGUAAGAAGUGGUGCAGAGCCGUGGUGGAGUCUCUCCUCCUGGGCUCCGUGGGCAGGCAGGCCAUGUGCUUCCUGGUUGACCAUGGAGAACGCAUCAUCGUUCGCUCAGAUGAGGUCCGAGCUCCACUGGAGAAGUUUCUGCAGCUGCCUUUCUGGGUGAGGAAGUACCACCUGUCUGGACUGCACCCCCUCAGGCUGCAGGUGUCCAUAUGUGAGGAGAAGGCUGUGCUUGUCCCGUCAAUGCAGUGGGACAGCUCUGCUACACGAUACCUGCACAACCUCCUUCAAGCUUCCACACAGAUGGAGGCGGUGCUGCUGCAGACUCUCUCAGGCUCCACAGCCAUUGAGCUCUACCUGACUAUCAGGAACGUGAAGAUAUGUGCGAACGACGACCUGGUCACCAAGAAGUUUGCGUGUUCCACGAGUGAGGAGACCCUGGGCGGGGCUCUGAGUGGCUUGGCGGAACAGCCCCCUGCUGUGCUGGGCUGUGACAUCUUCCAGGACACAGACAACUUCCUGGCCACCAGCGGGUGCCUCGCACGGUCCCUCUCAUCUCUUUUUCCUCCCCUGCAGAUCCCCCCAGCUCUACCCGAUGAUCGUGUCUCAGAGCCCAGAGUAGGACCAGCUUCAGGCCAAGAGGAGAUGAAAGCUUCUGGAGACAUGUCUGAAAACCAAGACCGUAGACAAAGGCCUUCUCUUGGAGGCAAGGAGGGAGCGCCAAAGAGCCGCAACAGGACAAACACGGAGAAAGGCGGAGAUUACAAAAAGACAGAGGAGGAAACGGAUUCCUCUCUGGUGACAGAGCUCUCCAAAAACAUCAGUCUGCUAAGAAUCCGGAAGUUUCUGAAUCCUGCUUUGAGCGCAAGAAGGGACGUUCCCACCUUUGGAGAGAAUGAGGAGGGAGAUGAACCAGUGACCCAGACGGUGCCAGAGCAGGGAGUGCCUGGCUGUGCUGCUCCACAGACCCAGGGAGAGCCUGGCCAGGCUGCUCCACAGACCCAGGGAGAGAUGCCUGCCUGGUGUAACGGAGGAAGCCCUGCAGUCCAAUGGCCUGGAAGUGGCCCUAACCCUGAUGCUGUGGAAGUGAAGGGUGUUAAACUGAGUGCUGCCAGUGAUGUGGCUGGAAGCCCUGUGACCCAGACCCCCACACAGCAGGAAACCAUAGAGGAAGAGCUGGCCUGCGCACGGUUGUUGCAGUUUCUCAACCCUGAUCCUCUGAAGCUGGAUCUAGACUCUCCUGAAGCCACUGAGAGCAGGGGCCACCAAGAGACCAGGACCGACCAGGAGGACAGGACCACCGACCAGGAGACCAGGACCACCGACCAGGAGAGCGACCCGGUCAGGAUUGGGGUGCUGGUUCACUCGGCCUUCCCCAUGGAGCCCUGCUCCAGCCUGGCCAGCGCUCCCAUCCUAGACUCCUACAGACGGAUCCUGCAGAGACGGAAACGCUCCGGUCUGUCGCUGGCGGAGGGAUACAGCUGGCCGGCGGUGGCGCGGGGCUGUGACACGGUCCUCAUCUCCCACAGCGGGGACGACCCCCUCACCUACCUGCCCCCCCUGCUCACCCACAUGCAGCUCAUCUCUGUCUUCAGCUCCUCCUCUCGCUCCGGGCCCAUGGCGGUGAUCCUGUGUCCUGGCUGGGGGAAGGCCCAGACGGUGUACAACUGCCUGGAGGAGAGCCAGAGCCUGCAGAGCCUGCACCCCACGGUGGUGCUGGUGGGCCAGGCCAGGGACGAGGCCAAGGCUGUCCACAUCCCCAAGAACUGCCUGGUUGUGGUGACCACUCCCUUCAGCCUGGCACGCCUGCUGGCCGUGCACUGCUUCCUGUUCCUGCGUCUGUGCCACCUGGUGCUGGACGAGGCCGACCAGCUGUUCUCCCACGCCCCAGAGCAGAUGAGCAGCAUCCUGCAGUACUUCCAGAAGGUGACGGCCAGUGAGGACCGGGUGUCCUGCCCCAGACAGAUCGUGGCCGUGGGCCGGCGCUGGAGCCCCAGCAUGGAGGAACUGCUGCUCAGCUACAUGAACCAACCCUGUGUUGUCAUCACGGUGAUGGAGGAGGCUGCUCUCUAUGGCAAUGUGCACCAGAUAGUCCUGCUGUUUCUGGACUGCACCAAGGUGUCAGUGUUGCUGGGGGCGCUGGAUCUAAACCCUGGUGUCCCUCAGAAGACCCUCAUCAUCACCAGCUCUCCUGAGGAGGUCGAGCAUGUUUUCCAGGCUGUAAACAAAACAUCAGCGUUCUCCCUGAAAGCUCACGAGGGGAUGACCUACCAGUUUGACUUUGUCGUGGAGCAGUGGAGAAAAGAAAUUGGCCCAGGAACUCAUGUCAUUCUGGUCAGUACGGACGCCUGCCUGCAGGCCCUGGGCAUCCAGGACGCCUCGUGUGUGGUGCACUACAGCUUCCCCUUCUCCCCUCGACGCUUCGGCGCCCGCCUGGCCUGCAUGGUGGAUAACUUCUGCAACCGCUCCGACAAGGAGUGUGCCAGGACCUCCUCGCCCCCCAAGUCAAUCCUGCUGCUGACGGAGAGGAACAGCCGCCACGUGACGGGCGUGCUGCGCUACCUGAGGCGCACCAGCGCGGUGCUCCCCCCCGAGCUGCUCCACUUCGCCCGGGGCGUGGGGCAGGCCAAGGAGCUGCAGAGGGCAAGCCGGCCUCUCUGCUCCUACCUCAAGAGCUACGGCUUCUGCAGAGACAGCAGUGCGUGUCCAGACAGGCACAGCCUCUGCCCCUCCCAGGACCAGCCCCGGCACCCUGCGUCCGGCAGCAUAGUGGUGUUGCCCUUGUACAUCAAGACAGCGUCCCAGUACUGCGGUCGCAUUGUGAGUGGGAUAGACGACUGCUAUGAGAGCCUGGCAGCUAACAUGGCUGCUCACUAUGCUACAGAGAAACUGAUGGCUGUGGAAGUGUUGGAGGGCGGGCUCUACUGUGUACAGGAGGAGGAAACCUAUCACAGGGUGCAGGUGACCGUGGUCCUUGAGCAGGGCGAGCGUCUGUUCUGCAGCGUUCAGGCUCGCUUCCUGGACGAGGGGCGUGAGCAGGAGGUGAAGGGUCACCAGCUGCUGCAGUUGCCGCCCCAGUUCCACAGCCUGCCUCCCCAGGCCUUGGAGAUCAUCCUGUGCAGGGUGAAGCCCAUCGACGGGGAGGUGGACUGGAACCCUAAGGUGACCAGAGCCAUCAGCCAGAAGGUCAGAGGCCUUCAGCACCAAGCCAAAGUUGUUCUGAGUCUGGGAAACACCAUCUUUGUUGAUCCCAUGGUGAGGAUGACCCGCCUGCCAGCCCUGAAGACCUUCAUACACGAGCACAACGUCCACACUGAGAUCCUCAACACUGGCAUGGGCACCACCAACCCCCAACACCUGGACCUGCUGAGGGAGCUCACCCAGCGGGCCGAGCCUGCGGCUGGGGAGGAGCAGGGGGAGGAGGAGGAGGAGCAGGGGGAGGAGGAGGAGGGCUCUCAGAUGACAGGGAACUCAGACAUGAAGGAAUUCAAACAGUUGAUUUCCACUGUCCAUUCAGCGGUGGGAAAUGGUCAUUCCACAGCUACGAAGCACGUAGUCAAAGCAGAGAAGGUUGCUAACGUCACAGGUUUUCAGGGGGCCAUCAAAGUAGACGCUCCUAAAAGCCUACACCCUCAGGUAAAGUGGUUCCAGAGAAAAGACGUGGUUGUUAUCAGUGUCAAGCUCACCAACCCAGUGGCCCAGUCCUGUGAGUUCUUCCCAGAGAGAGUGGUGUACAGUGCCAAAGUGAACAACAGUCGUUACCGUGCCGACCUGGAGCUCCUCCUCCCGGUGGCUGCAGACAGGUGCUCAUGGGAAAUGAAGUGCAAUGAGCCGGUCAUCACGCUGGUCAAGAGGGAGCGAGGAGACUGGGAUACGCUCCUCAAGCGAAAGAGUAACUUUGUCAGUCUGGACUUUGACCACUUUGAGGAUGAGAGCGAAACUCCAAAUGGUUCAGUAAGAAGUGGUCACUGGUUUGUGGAGGGCACAGGGGAGGACGGCUGCUAUGUGAGUUCAGCCAGUGGCAGUGAGAGUGACUAAACUGGCUGCUUCAUGUUCUGACAGCCUGUGCUAAUGAAGAUGGUAUUGGUAUCGACAGUUCAACAUUUUAUAAUUUGAGGGUUAAUUCAAGUUGAGUGUUUCAAUCCAGACAUUGUUUAACACACAACAGUUUGAGUUGAUUAGUUUGCAUCAUAGUAAUUCUUGUAAGUAGAGACAUUCAAAUGCAACAUGAACAUUAUUAUUAUUAUAUUUGAAUGGAAUUUAGGAUUGGAAUUUACAGUCUUAUUAAUUCAUUAAUUCAUCUCACAAAAUAUUGCCCUGAUAUUUUUAUUCAGUGUGAGAGAUGAAGUUCCAUUAAAAAGUUUGUCAAAA